AAAAUAGGUUUACAAUGAUUAUCUACAACUAACUAUAGCUAAUUAACAAUUAACUGGAGCUAAUUUGUGUGUUCCUGGAGGCAAUGAUAGUGUUUUGUACAUUUUUUGCUUUCAGAUCAUACUCUCUAGGUAUAUUUAUAAGUAAAAAUUCUGUUUUAGCCCUGGGAGUGGUCAUAUUAUAUUCAGAAGCACUGUUACUCUCUCAGUUGAAAUCAGGUCACAGGAAGCCUCCCCUUCCUCUUCAUUUUGAUGGACCCAAACCAACCGCCUCACCGAGAGAAGAGUUUCAGUCAGGUUGUGUCCAGCACAUGAAGGAGUUAAGAGGAGGGACCAGUUUAAUUGAUUAUUGUUUGAAUAUGUCUACCUUACUUGAACUGGGAGAAAAGAGAAGAGAAUAUUUAAUGGGAGGGAGCAAAACAGAGCAACAAGAAAGGUACUAGCUAUUGAGAAAUUUCACUUGUCACUACA